UACACAGCUGUUUUGCUGUCAACAGGUCGUCGGCUACUGUCUACUGGAUUACGAGAGUUUGUUUUGAACGGAAGUGCAAGUGUUUCGCAUUGCAGACAUGAGAAUUUUGCAAAGUUUACUGAAAACGCGCAGUGCCCUUUCAAGUUCAUAUAGUUUUAGUACAAGUGCCACAUCUUAUGGGUCAAUUGAAAAGAAAAUUUGCAUCGUUGGUGCCGGUCCAGCUGGUUUCUAUGCGGCUCAGUACCUCCUCAAGCAUCUUCCCAAUUGUUCGAUCGACGUCAUCGAACGACUUCCGGUUCCUUUUGGCCUUGUACGAUUUGGCGUAGCCCCUGACCAUCCGGAAGUUAAAAAUGUCAUUAACACUUUCACUAAAACUGCGGAGCAUCCCAAAUUCAACUUCUUUGGCAACUUAUCACUUGGCUCUGAUGUCACUCUUAAAGAACUACGGGAGCGAUACCACGCAGUUUUACUGACAUAUGGGGCUGAGAGGGAUCGAAAACUGAACAUUCCAAAUGAAACCGAAUCGAAAAACAUUUUAUCGGCUCGCGAAUUCGUUGCUUGGUACAAUGGAUUGCCUGGAGCAGAAAAUUUAAAUCCUGAUUUGAGCGGGAAGAAUGUUGCAUUGAUCGGCCAAGGUAAUGUGGCGAUUGAUGUUGCAAGGAUAUUACUGUCACCAUUGGAUAAAUUAAAGGAAACAGACAUUACUGAGUAUGCCCUGGAAGCCCUAACCCGAAGUAAAGUUGAGAAAGUAUAUCUAGUUGGUCGGCGGGGUCCUCUGCAGGCAGCAUUUACGAUAAAAGAAUUGCGUGAAAUGCUGAAGCUUCCCAAUGUUAGUACCUUGUGGCGAGAAGAAGACUUUAAAGGCGUCCCUGAAGUUAUCCCCAGUUUACAACGCCCACGAAAACGAAUAACUGAACUUAUGCUCACUAGCCUUCAGGCACAAAAAUCGGCGUCGAAUAUAUCAAACAAACAAUUUCUACCAAUAUUUUUAAGAUCACCAAAGAACAUUCUUGGGAAUCAGUUAGAACUUACAGUCAAUGAACUGAAAGAGAAUGCUGCAGUCCCAACAGCGGCAAGUGAAACAUUGCCAAGCGAUUUGAUACUCAGGAGUAUCGGCUAUCAGUCGACGUGCGUUGACCCGGAAAUCAACUUUGACCAGAAAAAGGGUUUAAUUUGCAAUAAAGCUGGUCGAGUGAUUUGCAAAGAUCCAAGCAAUAAUCCCGAACCAGGACUUUAUGUUGCUGGCUGGCUAGGAACUGGGCCAACAGGUGUUAUCCUAACAACAAUGAAUGGGGCUUUCGCAGUAGCCAGGACGAUUUGCGAAGAUUUUGAGGCGAACAAAAUUGCACAUGAUGAACAAAAACCGGGUCUCGAUACAACGGGGAAAAGGAUCGUUACAUGGAAAGGAUGGCAGCAAAUUGACAAAGCGGAGGAAGCUGAGGGGAAAAAGCAUGGAAAACCACGAGAAAAAAUAGUUCAUGUCGAUGAAAUGCUCAAGGUCGCCGGUGUAUAAUUUUUGGAUCAUACUCAAUGCUGUGGAUUGGUUUUGUUUAGUACGGGUAUUAUUUUAUGUAAAAGUCAUUAUGUAUUUUCGUAUUUAGAUGAUAAGAAAACAGUUGUUAUUUGACGCCAAAACAGGCGAGUUUAGAAUAGUAAAAAAAAAUAAAACUUAAA